CCCACCCCUCCAAACAAAACUUAACGACAUUUUGUCCUUGUGAAAACUUUUUUAGUUUCUGUUUAAGUUUUGUUUAGUAAAACUUGUUUGGUACGAUGUAAAUUUUCUUAUACUAAUCACGGCUGUUUUGCGCGAGUGAUUUUACGAGUUUUUGUAUUAUUAAUUGAGUUAAUUUGUAAAAAAUCUGCAUUUAACAAUGUCUGGACCAAGUGCCAGUAAUAUACCAAAUAUGGCAUCAAUUAAUGAUGUCAGUGCUUUAUUUCAAACAGCUAAAAAGUAUGAAGAAUUAAAUGUAAUCGGCACAGGUGCAUAUGGAACAGUAUACAAGGCCCGUGAUCUUCAUAAUGGUGGUCAAAUAGUUGCUAUGAAGAAAGUUAAAGUCGCAUUAACCGAAGAUGGAAUACCAUUAUCAACGUUAAGAGAGAUUGCGCUAUUGAGACAAUUGGAGGGUUAUCGACAUCCUAAUAUUGUCAGGUUACUCGACGUCUGCCACGGUGGUCAGUCGUUGGAACGUGAGAGUCAGCUAGUGCUAUUCCUGGUUUUUGAACAUGUUGAACAGGAUCUGGAGUCGUAUUUGAAAAAGGCACCUGGACCACUCGGGGAUAAUAGAAUUCGGAGCAUGUCGUAUGAUAUACUAUCAGGGACGGACUUCCUUCACUCGCAUCGCAUCGUACAUCGCGAUCUGAAGCCUCACAAUCUUUUGGUGACAUCAUCAGGUCGUGUCAAGCUCGCGGAUUUUGGUCUAGCUAAGACAUACGACACGGAUAUGAAGCUUACUAGCGUGGUGGUCACACUGUGGUAUAGGCCGCCGGAAGUGCUUUUAGGUGUUUCGUAUAAUACGGCUGUGGAUGUGUGGUCAUGCGCGUGUGUCCUCGCGCAAUUGCAUACGCGGUCGCCUUUAUUGCCUGGAUCGUGUGAUUCGGAUCAGUUGCAUUGUAUAUUCAAAUUAAUAGGCCGGCCACCUAAACACGAAUGGCCGGAUAAUGUGUCGGUAAUGGCUGAUAGUUUUCCCGACUACCCUUCGUUGGACUUGGCCAUCGUGUUGCCUAGGAUACACCCGCAGGCUCUAGAUCUUAUUCAGAGAAUGCUAGUCUUCGAUCCCGCGAAGCGGCUAACAGCACUGGACUGCCUUGAACACCCUUACUUCACUGACGAGCCACUCACCUAAAAUCCAUCAAAAAGUAUUUAAAAAAUCCUCCGAAUUAUGUAAGAUUUUAAAAUUAUUAAAAAAAGUGAAAUAAUUUUAUAAAAAUCAAAUAAAAUAUCUUAAAACAAGAAAAAACAUAAGAAAACAAAGCACGUUCAAACAUUGUUUUUGACACAUGGAAGUCUCAAUCUUGAAUAAGCCAAAAAAUUAAAAAUUCCUGCCAUAGCAAUAAAUGUGAAAUUUGGCAAGAUUUUAAAAGCCGUAGUGUCUAUAGAACGUAUAGAGAAUAUUUCCAAUUCUAUUUUUAAAAGUAGUAUGUUUUUUUUCUUCUAUUUCUUGAUUUCAAAAUCCCGCCAAAACGCCUUCAACAAGAUGGCGUCGCCCCCGUCAUGACGUAACAUCGCUGCGUCAAUUCAAAAGUACCACAAAUCAAAAUAAUAUUUUUGUACAAGAAAGCUAAUCAAAAAAAAAAACAUUUUAUUUUGCCUAGUAAUUUCUUAUUUCAAAUCUAAUUUAUACAUAUUAUACUUCGUUAAAAGCAUAUUUUUACGCCGCGUCAAAUUUUCUAAAUAGAUUUAUAAUAAACUAAAUACUAUAGGAGUUAUAAGGAGAUAAGUUACUUUUGAAUAAAACAAAAAGUUUCAAAUAUAUGAAAUAUGGAAUAAAACAGCCAUAAAUAAAAAAAAUGUAUUAAGUGUUUUACGAUAAAACUAUUAGGAAACAUACUAAAAAUAACCGUGCAAUUUAAUAAAUUAACUGAAAUGCUAUCUAAAACUUAAAACGAAUCAAAGUUUUUCUUAAAAGAACAAAUAAAAAUCUUAGGAACUGUUGUUUAAACAAUCGCAAUUAUUUUUUUAAAAACUUCUUAAUCAAAAAUAUUAUACAAGUAAUAAAAUUGACAAUACAAAAAUAAUCAAAUUUUCCAAGCUAAUUGGCAUAACAAACCUAAGUUUUCAAAACUAAUUACUAAAUAAAAACUUUAUAAACUAAAAGAGGACAUACAAAACUUUUGGAAAAUAAUCUAUAACAUUAUACUCUUACGAUAGAAUCAAACUUAACCUAUUAAAUGUUAUAAUUAUAACAUCUAGUAUCUUAAAUGAGAUCACAAAAUCACAACCAAAUUUUGUUAGUGUAAACUUUUUUAAAACAUAUCAGUUGAGUACUCAGUGGUUGUCUAAUCUUAAUCUUCAGUCUCACAAUUUUGCAAAGAAUGAUUCAUAAUAUUUUCAUUAAUAACAUUCAGAAUUCCCUGUUUUUUUGCUUGCGUUACAUUUAGUUUUUGGUUAUAAAGUUACUUGGGUGUAGUAUUUUCAGAUUGAUUAGUUUUCUGCUGCCUGCCCGUACAAAGUGUGGACACUGAUUUAAAUUCAUUCUCUUGAUACGAGGUCUUAUAUAGAAACUUGUUUUUCAUGUAUAUAUAUAUUUAGUACUUUUAUAUGAGACCAUUUAACCUUACCUUUGUCUUCAUUAAUGGUAUAGUAACCAUAUGCCAAAGAUAUUAAAUCAACAAAACUGUCAUGGGCAAUUUCUUUAACUUCGUAAGGCGAAGUUAUUUUUACAGUUUUAAACAAAGGAUUCAUGUAAGUAAAACAUUGCUUUUAAAUCAAAAGAACCCUAUUGCAAAACUGUUUGUUUUGCAUAGAAAAAAUAAGUUUUCUUUUUUUAAUCAAAAUAAACUUAUAAAACAAUGUGUUUGUUUUGCAUAGAAAAAAUACAUUAUGCCAUUAUAACUUCAAGUUAAGAGGGCUUUAUGCCGAAAUACAUUACUUUUGCUUUUAUUUUAACAGAGUUGUUUUAGUAAAAUUUUCUAAACCUGACCUUAUCUUAAAACAAAAUAUUAUAAAAUUGUAGGUUUUUACGUAAGUUUUUGCGUAUUGCUUUUGUCCUUUUGGCCGGCGUGCGUUAGUACGUUAAAUUGUUGAAAAUGAAUUUUGUUCUGGUCAAAUGUGGUCGUUUUCUAUAUAAAAUUAAUUAAUACUACAGAUUAACAUGUCAUGUUAAAAAAGAAAUCCGACGAAGAUAUAUCAUUUCGACUGACUAGACUGACGUAUAAAUACCUUUUUAAUAAUGAUUAUUUACAACUUAUUAUACUCCAUAACACUUACG